UUACAAUAAAAAUCCAUGAUCUUCACCUACUUUUUAUUGAGGUGGAAUUCUGCAAUACUUAUUAAGGUUACUUAAUUAUUUUUGCAAUAAAAUUAUUGCACAUAAAAACUUUAACUCUCGAAAUGAAUUUCAUUAAUUUUGAUUAAAAAAUAAAUAUUUUUUUGGUUUUAAUGAGAAUUUCUUAUUGACCAAAAAAUAUGGGAGUGCAUAAAGAAAAGCGUAAGGAAUACGAAAGUGGUUAUUUUGAUGAGGAAUCUGAUUCAUCGGAUCAGAUGAGUAGUAGGAUGGAACGGUUAGUUAAUCGAAUAAAAGUGCGAAAAACUAGUUUUAGUGAAUAUAAAAAUCGUGUUAUUGAUGCGUUGGGCACAUUUAGUUUGGAUAAAAAUUGUGAUGAUGAAAAUGAUGAUCAUGAUCAACAAGAGAAUGAAAGUAAAGAAAAUUUAGUAAAUCGAAAAAAAGUAAACUUGAACGAUGCCGGACGAGUGGAUAUGUCCGAUUUCGAUUUGCUUAAAGUGCUUGGAACUGGAGCUUACGGUAAAGUGUUUCUGGUACGAAAGCGUGGUGGGUUAGACAGCGGUCGUUUGUAUGCAAUGAAAGUGUUGAAAAAAGCAACAAUUGUUCAAAAGAAAAAGACUACGGAACAUACAAGAACUGAACGUCAUGUAUUGGAAGCAGUUCGACAAAGUCCUUUCCUAGUUACCCUACACUACGCCUUCCAAACAGAUGCAAAACUACAUUUAAUAUUAGAUUACGUGAAUGGUGGUGAAUUAUUUACACAUUUGUAUCAAAGAGAACAUUUUACUGAAAGUGAUGUUAGAAUUUAUAUUGGUGAAAUUAUUUUAGCGUUAGAACAUUUACAUAAGUUAGGAAUUAUCUAUCGUGAUAUCAAAUUAGAAAAUAUCUUAUUAGACUCAGCCGGUCAUAUUGUAUUAACGGAUUUUGGAUUAUCGAAAGAAUUAGCAACGAAUUACUCUGAAGAUGGUACACAAAUGACAGCAUCCGGUGCUCGUACAAAUGAAAAACGUGCAUAUUCAUUUUGUGGUACAAUUGAAUAUAUGGCACCUGAAGUUGUUAAAGCAGGACCACAAGGACAUGAUAUAGCUGUAGACUGGUGGUCUGUGGGUGUACUUACAUACGAAUUAUUAACCGGUGCAUCCCCUUUCACUGUGGAAGGUGAACGGAAUACACAACAAGAAAUCUCACGGAGAAUAUUAAAGACUGAGCCACCCAUUCCUGAUGAUUUAGGAAAAGAAGUUGCAGAUUUUAUUAGUAAAUUAUUAGUAAAAGAUCCCCGUAAACGAUUGGGAGGUGGGGAUGGGGAUGCAUCAGAAUUAAAAAGUCAUAGUUUCUUUAAAUCAUUGGAUUGGGAUGAAUUAGCGAAGAAAAAUAUUCCAGCACCAUUUAAACCUGUUAUAAGACAUGAGUUAGAUGUGUCAAACUUCAGUGAAGAAUUUACACGAAUGUUGCCAGCAGAUUCACCAGCUGUGGUACCACCAAACUAUGACAAAAUUUUCAAAGGUUACUCUUACGUUGCACCAUCCAUUUUAUUCUCAGAAAACGCAAUAUCUGAAUCAUUAAUAAAAACAAGCGGGGAUGAUGGUGGUUCUCCAGCUUUAUUAGCACAAUGCAAAUUAAAGGAUUCCACAUUUUUUAAGCAUUACGACAUUGAUUUAAAAGAGCAAAUAUUAGGUGAUGGUUCGUUUAGUGUGUGUCGGCGAUGUAUCAAUAAAACAACCAAGCAAGAGUAUGCAGUGAAGAUAGUGAGUCGGAAAAUUGAUUGCACACAAGAAAUCAAUCUGUUGCGAGCAUGUCAAGGACACAAGAACAUCGUGAAAUUACAUGAUGUCUAUUAUGAUGAAGCACACACAUAUCUUGUAUUGGAAUUAUUAAAAGGUGGUGAAUUAUUAGAACGUAUACGAAGAAAGAAGAAGUUUACUGAAGGUGAAGCAAGUGCUAUUAUGCGUAAAUUAGUAUCGGCUGUACAUUUUAUGCAUUCCCGUGGUGUUGUUCAUCGUGACUUAAAACCUGAGAAUUUAUUAUUCUCAUCUGAUGAUAAAGACGAAAUAAAAAUCGUUGACUUUGGUUUUGCACGAUUAAAGCAAGAGGAAGAAACAAUGCAUACACCAUGUUUUACAUUACAAUAUGCCGCACCUGAAGUGCUCAAUACUGUGGCAAAUAAAGGGACCAAUAGUGGCUAUGAUGAAAACUGUGAUUUAUGGAGUUUAGGUGUAAUUUUGUAUACUAUGUUAACUGGACGUGCUGCAUUUCAUUCUAUUUCACGUGAUGACAGUGCGGCGGCCGUUAUGUCUAGAAUUAAGGGUGGUGAAUUUAAUUUAAGUGGUUCGGUAUGGAAUAAUGUUAGUGAAGAAGCAAAACGUGUUACACAGGGCUUACUUACUGUGGAGCCAACAAAACGAAUGCGUAUGAAUGAUUUAUUAACUAAUACAUGGAUACAGGGUACGCAGUCAUUUUCUGCGACACCAUUAAUGACACCAAAUAUAUUGUCAUCGACAAAUAUCUCAACAGAACAAUCAUUAAACACAACGUUUCAAGCAUUUCAUCGUGCACAUGAAGAAGGUUUUCGUUUACAGGAUGUAUUAAAAGCAAAAUUAGCACAACGUAGGCAAAUGAAGAAGACAUCAUCAUCGGAUAAACGUAGUACAUCCAGCUCAUCAAGUACAUUCUCAAGUACAUCAAGUUCACAUAGUUAUCCAUUAACUCCAUUAUCAAGUAAAAAAGAUCAUACGAUUACAACUUGUGCUGCUACCACAACAAUAUCGACAUCAUCUUCAUCUUCGUCAACACAAAAACAUCAUACAAAACCACAUAAGUUAAUAUUAAAUACUCCACAUCAACCACAUAGUACAGAUUCAGUUAUUAUUAUUGAUUCAGAAGAGAGUCGAACAAAUUCACCAGGUGUAGACGAUGCCAGUCAAAUAAUUGAAGAUAAAUUUAAUACAAAUAUUAUAGAAUGCACUGUACCAAAUAUUAAAAAUAAAUUUAAACAAAAGUUUAAACAAACGUCAACAUUAGAUACAAUUAUCGAAUCACAACAAAAUACAAGUAGUAGUAAUAAUAGCAAUAGUACAAGUACAAGUAAUUAUAAACCACAUUCAAGGGUACGCAAUAAAGAUACUUCCGAAAAUAUAUUCAAUUUUGGUGAGGCGCGAGUCAAAGAAUAUCUAUCAAGUAUUUCGGGAGAAUCAAGUAGUUCAACAACCACCACACCACAUGAAUUAACGACACCUCAAGCUUCAAAUCUUAGUCCUGUACCAAAUAAAGCUGGUGUAAAACGAAAAAUUAAUGAAAAAAUUUCAUUAUCACCGCCUCCAACAAAACGUGCACGACGAAAUGCGCCACCUGUACCUGUACGACAAAGUGAACGAAUUAAAGUACGACAUACAAAAAAACAAGAAACAACAGCUAAAAAACCUAAAAAAUCGCAGGCUAAAAAAGAAACAAUUGUAUUACCAACUAUUUAUGAAAAUAACAAGCGACCAGUUGAUAAACCUCCAAAGCCAUCGCAAGCUAAAAAAGAAACAGGUAUAUUACCAAUUAUUUAUGAAAAUCCUGAACAUGGUCGUGAGUAUGUAACAACACGUUCGGGUCGGCAAGUAUUUAAACGUAAUCCAUCCGAUUAUUAUAUAAACUUAACUAAUCGAUUUAAAAAAAGACAGUUAAAUGAUCAACCAAUAAAAACACCUGGAAAACGAUCAAAACGAUUAUCGACAAUAGAAGAUGAUUAGUUUAAAUUUAUUUAUUUAUUUCUAAACAAAUACAAAAUAAUUUAUAA